AUGACUAUCUCUGAAGCUGCGUUGACUGGACCGAUAUCGGUUCCAGUCAUUCCAGGAGGCGUAGUUACCGGUUUGAAUGGCAUGAUCGGCCCUAAUGUCGACACAGACUGGAAGCUGCGAGAUUGGCUCCUUUUUGUUGCCCAUGAAAUGGAUUAUCAUAGACCUCACAGGGACAUGCGGGAUAGCCUUGUCCCUUUCGUUUGGUGGCCCUCUCUCCUUCGCGAUGCUAGGUCCUGGGUUGAGCGAUGUGAUCAUUGCAUGGAGCAGAAGCCUACCAAGCGUAUGAAACUGGUCACCGCACCACGCCUUCCGUGGAGACUAAUAGAUCUGAAUGCUCGUGGGAAGCAUAUUGCUAUUGACCAUGGUUACCCAAACCCUACAUGGAUAUCUCCCGCGAACCCAUCCCUCAAGGCAUUCCUUGUCAUCACGGACUUGGCCACUGGGUAUACACUUCUGUGCGGUGCGGAAGAUGUCAGAGGAUGUACGACGGCUAAACUACUGUAUGGCUCGUGGGUGAGUAUCUUUGGUGUACCCCUUAGUGUUACCGGGGACAACUUCAUCGACUCGCCGUCACUGCGCACGCCGCUCCUGUCCUGUGGUGUGCGCUUCAACACGGUCCCGGCAUACUCACCAUUUUCGAAUGGCAGUGCUGAGGAAAGGGUCGGACGUGUCAAACGCGUCCUCCCGACAACCAAACUGCCAUGGGAUCAAGCCUUACCUUUUGUCCAGUUGUCGAUCAACUCCCAAAAGCGAGUCUCUGGCCAUUCGGCGGCGGAGCUCAUGUUUGGCACGCAAAUCCGCACUCCUUCUGCAUCG